ACUCAAACAAAGAUAAAAGCACAACAGCCAACAUCUGUAUGGUCUCUAUAUAAACCUGAUGCUGAAAAAACCCUUAUUCAAGGGACUUUGAGCUAGAGGUAGAGCAAAAUGGGAAGCGAAAAAGGUAUCGUAAAGCACGAAAAAAUUAAUACUAUUUAAGGGAAAGUAGAAAAGUUUCUUCGUGGGUCGUGUCUUUUUCUCCUUUGUUUGCGAGGUGUGCUCAAUAAUGCGAGUACUAGUACUUCACCUUUUCUUCUCUUUUUCUUACAUUCCCAAAUAAAGCCGCAUAGCUUUCCCUGCCCCUUUCAUGUGUAGUAUUUUUCUUUCACUUGCUUUGAAGAAAGCAGAUUCAGGUGUCAUCUUCUCCUUCCUUUUUCUCUCUGUUUCUCUCCACAAACUAGAGAAAUUGUAAUCAAUCACGAUUUCUCUCAAGGCAAAAGCAUGCAAUUUUGGCCGAAAAUAAUGGUGGUAAUGUUAGUUAUGUCAUUCUUGAUGGCGGGAGGGGAGGAGACGAUGGUUGUUGGCGGAAACAGCCGUUCUGCAAGUCUGCAAGAGAUCAAGCCAAAGCAAGAGCCGCAGCAACGCCAAGGGCUGAGGCAUUCCUUUGGUGCGUUCUUUUCAAACAAGAGGAAAGUUCCAAACGCGUCGGAUCCUCUUCACAAUCGUUGAAGCUAGGUUUGUUUCAGGAUGACGGUUCGAGAUAUUAGUUGGAGUAUGAAGAAUGUGAAAAGAAGACUUGAGUUUCAUGAAGUGGAUGCUAGCAAGCAAGCAUGCUUUUAGAUUGUUUUUGGUGGUUUUGGUGGUUUUGUCAUGGUGGGGUUAGCUUGUGGGGGAAAGGCUUCUUUAUCCUCGUGAAUUGCACCCC